AUGACAAAUGAAAACAAAUUGUUUACAGAGAGAAAUUUCCAUCAAACAACAACUUAUCAAUGGACAAGCGAUGAAGAUGAUCGUAUGAUUGAAGGAAUUUUACAUUAUCCGCCAGGACAGAUUGAAAGCAAAAACUUGCCCCUCCUUGUGCUUAUGCAUGGUGGACCAUACGCAGCCAGUAUCAAUCAAUUCAACAUCGGUGGAGGUUUAUGGGCGCCAUUAGCUGCUACCGAAGGUUGGUUAGUGCUGGAGCCAAACUAUCGAGGAUCAACAGGAUAUGGCGAUCAGUUUCUUGACGAAAUUCGCUAUCAUCCAUUAACUCGACCUGGAAGAGAUAUUCUGUCAGGCAUUAAUCGUUUAAUUGAAGAUGGUAUCGUUGAUCGGAAUCGUGUCGCCAUUGGAGGUCAUAGCUAUGGAGGUUUUCUAACCAACUGGCUGAUAACGCAAACGACACAGUUUAAUGCUGCUCUCUCAGGUGCAGGAUCGAUUGAGCAAGCAUCUUUGUGGGGUACCAUGGACCUUAAUUCGCUUAUCGAUUAUAUUUGGGGUGGAUCCCCAUGGAAUUCAUCAAAUGCCUAUAUAGAAGAAUCACCAAUUUAUCAGUUUGCAAAAGUACGUACACCAACACUUAUUGUGACUGCAGAAGAUGAUGUACGUGUUCCUGUCAGCCAAGGUUAUAUACUGGAACGUGCACUCCGUUACCUCAAUGUACCUGUGCAAUUAUUAAUUUUCCCAAAUGAAGGACAUUCGAUGACAAAUAAUCCGUGGCAUAUAAAAAUUAAAGUUCGUGAAGAACUAAAAUGGUUACGACAAUAUGGUCACACAGCUUUCGUAAAAACAUAA